GGGGAGUGGUUAUGAGAGGAAGUUUGGGGAACUACCACUGACGAUAUCACAUAACCUCUGAAGCAACGCCUUUACGUGACUCAUUGCUGUCUGACUUGUUUUCAACGCGGCUUUUAUAAAGGGGCGGUGGCGUGACGUCUUACUCGAGCAGCUCCCUCGAGACUGGGACUUUCCGGACCGACUGAAGAGCGAAAGAGUCCUGGUACUAUUAAACUAAAGAGGAACAUCCAUUAUCCUUGCCAAAGAUUACAUUUUUCUUAUUGUUUUUUUUGUAUUCCAUUAUGGCUGCUUAGACACCUACAAAGGGGAUGUCUGAGAUGGGGGGAGGGGUUUGAGAACACAUAUCCCUUGGUCUGUGUGUGUGUGUGUGUGUGUUUGUGUGUGUGUGUGUGUGUGCGUGCGCUUGUGUGCUUGAUUUAUUUACUUUAUAUAAUGUUUGUACACAUAAUCACCAACCACAAGUUUAGGUUUGAAUGGUUACAUAAUAUAUUCAAUCUUUCUGAUCUAAAUAAAGUGUGUACUGAUCCUGGGUGACAUGAUCACAGUGUAAUAUUCUGAUAAUUGAUUUGAGGAUGCAUUUUAAUUUCGUGUUUUAAAAUAGUCCAUCCUUUUUUACUGCACAGCAUGUGUUUUGUUGGACUUGCAUCCACUGGGACUGUAACUGAAUAAAUAUUGAAGUUUCAGCAGUUAAAUGCUCAGAGGUAGUACUCUCUCCUAGGUACAGGUCAAAUGGAUCCAGGUGUAAAGUAUAGCCUCAGGCUAUAUGUAGGGAAUGGGAUGUUUAACGACAAAUAUAUCCAUGGGUAUGUCAUGCAGUGUGUAUCCAAUACUCAUUUAGUACACGCGUGUGUGGUUGCUGGAUGGGUAGUUUUGUUUCUUCUACAGGAAGUGUUGCACUAAGUCAAACUUUACUUUUGGUUUUUACUAUCUCGGUUCUGUAUUUUGAGUUCAGCACCUUCUCUUACUCUUCCCCCUGGUCUGUUUAACUAUUUUCUGUUGCAGUAUGAGUGAGUGUGUUGGUGUGAGAAAGUGUGACCUAGGGUUUUCUCAAACCCCUCUCCCUUUUGAAGGACAUCUCUUUUGCCCUUAUAUUUCUUAAACAAAAAAAAAAAUGGAAACUCUUGUUCAACUGAAAAACAACCCGUUUUUGAUGGGUUUGUGUCGCAACGGGCCUCCCCCUGACCUGCAAUAUGAUAACUCCUCAGAGCUAUUCCGCAUUUCAACCUUUGCUCGAUUCCCUGCUUCGGGAGUCACAGAGCGUAGUCUGGCAAGGGCAGGUUGGUUCUACACCGGCGUGGGCGACCGGGUGCAGUGUUUCAGGUGUAACGUGACGGCAGAGGGCUGGCAGGCCGGAGACUGUCCAACAGAGAAACACAAGCAACUCUGCUCUUCCUGCUCCUUCAUCCAGAGCCUCCCGUCUACAGCCAAUCUGCUCUCCUCCUCUCACUCUGCCUUCUCCCCACUCCGCAUUGCCCCAGCCAUACCACUUUCUGGUCCAGGCCCAGCAGCUCCUAACCCAACAGCAAGCCAAGGUGAAGAGCCAGUUGGGUACCUAAACAUGGGCUUCUCUGCUCCACAACCCUCGAGCCCACUCAGCUCUCGUGGUGUAGAGGACAUGUCCCACCAGAGACCAACGUGCCACAACCCCAGCAUGCGCAGAGAGCAGGACCGCCUCGACACUUUCCACCCCUGGACGCUCUCCAUCAUAACUCCAGCUGAGCUCGCCAAGGCAGGCUUCUACUACCUGGGCCAGGGUGACCGAGUGGCCUGCUUCAGCUGUGGUGGACAGUUGAGUAACUGGGAGCCAGGUGACAAAGCCGUGUCUGAGCACCAGAGGCAUUAUCCAAACUGCCGAUUUGUGCGCGGGGAAAGAGCUGACAACGUGUCGCUGUCCGGAGCUGCGGCUGGAGGAGUUACUUCUCAAUUGUCUUCAGGAACCCUCAGCAAUGUGUCUAACCCUGCCAUGCAGCAGAGUGACGAGAGGCUGCUCACUUUUGUCAACUGGCCUUCUCGUAUCCCUGUCAGGCCUGACCAGCUGGCUAAAGCUGGCUUCUACUAUGUCGGCCGUAACGAUGAUGUCAAGUGUUUCUGCUGCGAUGGAGGCCUACGAUGCUGGGAGUCGGGAGAUGAUCCAUGGGUGGAACAUGCUAAAUGGUUCCCUCGGUGUGAAUAUUUGCUCCAGGAGAAGGGACAAGAGUUUGUUCACCAGAUUCAGGCUCGCUUCCCUCGGCUGUUUGAGCAGCUUUUAACAAAUGGAGACAGCAGCUCCAGAGAGUUUGUGGAUCCACCUGUGGUUCACCUCGGUCCAGGAGAGGAGCGAUCCGAGGACGCUGUCAUGAUGAACACCCCUGUGAUUAAGUCUGCUUUAGAGAUGGGCUUUGAGCGUAGUCUUGUCAAGCAAACAGUCCAAAGCAAGAUCCUGACCAGUGGAGAGAACUACAGAACAGUCCAGGAACUGGUUUUAGACCUGCUGAGUGCCGAGGACCAGAAAAGGGAGGAGGAGCGAGAAAUGCUGGCAGAGGCGAUGGCAUCAGAUGGUUUCACCUUUGUGAAGAGACACCAGGCAGCGUUGAUCCAGCGUCUGAAGAGUGUGGAGCCAGUGCUGGAGCAUUUAAGAGAGCAAAAUGUUUUAUCCAUCGAGGAGUACAGCGGUCUGAAGGCCCAGACGUCGGCCCAGCAGCAAACCGCCAGGCUCAUAGAGCUCGUUCUCACCAAGGGAAACGCGGCAGCCGAGGUCUUUCGCAACUGGAUCCAGAAAAACGACGUCCACCUGCUCAGAGAUCUCAUGGCCCAAUCAAACGAGGCUGCAUCACCAAGCCAAGAUCUUUCAGACCUGUUGGAUUUUAAGGACAAAUCAAUCUCUUUCUUGCAGACCCUCCCCAUGGAGGAGCAGCUGCGGCGCCUGCAGGAGGAGCGUACCUGCAAGGUGUGCAUGGAUAAAGAAGUCAACAUUGUCUUCAUCCCAUGUGGACAUCUGGUGGUGUGCAAAGAGUGCGCGCCGUCACUGAGAAAGUGCCCAAUCUGCAGAGGCCUGGUUAAAGGCACGGUUCGAACCUUCCUCUCGUAACCAGGAUCCUGCAGGCUGCAUUCCCUCAGUCUCACAACCUUGUGAUUGAAUUUAAGCAAUAAAAUAGAGGUUUAUAUACAGCUGAGACAACAUAGUCGUGUCAUAAAAAUUACAUCAUUUACAUUAUGAGGUCUGCUAUUCUAUUAUACCCAUUGCUGUUGGUGGUAGUAGUAGUCUUAUUUCUGUUAUCACUGGUACUAUUACUUUUAUUAGUUCUCUUUCUGUUUCUUCAUCUCUUUCUUGGGGAUAUUCAUAAUGAACCAUUCAACCCUUAAACGACAAUGAUCAUUUUGACCAAUCAAUGCUAUCAGUUAAACUAUUAUCCCAUUUUGUAUUAAAAGCUGAGCAAAACUCAAAGGAGGCGUGUCACUUAAAGGAGAAUAGCUGGUUCACCCUAAAGGUCACCAUCCUUAAAUACGACCUUGGCCUUUGUCUUCCCUCUUUUUUGUGGCUAACUCCCUUCACAUCCAUCUCUCUCACUUUCAUCCCAACCGGGCGAGAAAGAGACAUAACUUCUGUUCUGGAUUAACGCUCUAUAAAUAAAUAUAAUUGUAUUAUUUUAGAUGUAAGAAUGCAGUUGAUUGGAAUAAUCUGUACAAGUCUCUCAGUUUAUGACCAUUAAUUCAUCCUUAUUAUAUAAAGUGUUAUUAUUACAACUGGGUAAUGUUUUAAAAAACUAUUAUACUGUUAAUGGAUAUUUUUCAUGUUUUCAGUAAAUAUCACAAUAUGGAAACAUCUUA